CCCAGGGUGGGUGAGGGAGGCGCAGAGGCGGUGCGCCGGGGCAGUGGCCAGGGAGCCGCACAGUCCUCGCUAGGGGCGCCCACCCGCCAGUCUCUCCGGUGCGAGCCUCCGCCCGCGCGAGAGUCCGGCUCGGGGCCCCCCAGGCUCAGCCCGCGGAGCGGCCUCCCGGGGACGCCGUUGGGCGAAGGGAACGCGCCGGCCCUGGCCUUUGCGGUGGCCCAACGCGCGGGCGGUGGGAUGAGGGGCAGCGAGCGGGCCGCGCUGGCCUUGCGGCGCCGGGGGCGGCUCUGGACGGUGCUGGCUGUGCUGGCGGCAGCCGCGGCGGGCUGUGCCGGGGCAGCCAUGGACGAGUGCACGGACGAGGGCGGGCGGCCGCAGCGCUGCAUGCCUGAGUUCGUCAACGCCGCCUUCAACGUGACCGUGGUGGCCACCAACACGUGUGGGACUCCGCCCGAGGAGUACUGUGUGCAGACCGGGGUGACCGGGGUCACCAAGUCCUGUCACCUGUGCGACGCCGGGCAGCCCCACCUGCAGCACGGGGCAGCCUUCCUGACCGACUACAACAACCAGGCCGACACCACCUGGUGGCAAAGCCAGACCAUGCUGGCCGGGGUCCAGUACCCCAACUCCAUCAACCUCACGCUGCACCUGGGGAAAGCUUUUGAUAUCACCUACGUGCGCCUCAAGUUCCAUACCAGCCGCCCCGAGAGCUUCGCCAUCUAUAAGCGCACGCAGGAGGAUGGGCCCUGGAUCCCCUACCAGUACUACAGUGGCUCCUGCGAGAACACCUACCUGAAGGCCAGCCGUGGCUUUAUCAGGACAGGAGGGGAUGAGCAGCAGGCCUUGUGUACCGAUGAGUUCAGUGACAUUUCUCCCCUCACCGGAGGCAAUGUGGCCUUCUCGACCCUGGAAGGCAGGCCCAGUGCCUACAACUUUGACAAUAGUCCUGUUCUGCAGGAGUGGGUAACAGCUACUGACAUCAGAGUGACUCUCAAUCGCCUGAACACUUUUGGAGAUGAAGUGUUUAAUGACCCCAAAGUUCUCAAGUCCUAUUAUUAUGCAAUCUCUGAUUUCGCUGUGGGCGGCAGGUGUAAAUGUAAUGGACAUGCCAGCGAGUGUGUGAAGAAUGAAUUUGACAAGCUGGUGUGUAAUUGCAAACAUAACACGUAUGGAGUGGACUGUGAAAAGUGCCUGCCUUUCUUCAAUGACCGGCCGUGGAGGAGGGCAACUGCUGAAAGUGCCAGCGAGUGCCUGCCCUGUGACUGCAGUGGCCGAUCGCAGGAAUGCUACUUUGACCCUGAGCUCUACCGUUCCACGGGCCACGGUGGCCAUUGUACCAAUUGCCGGGAUAACACUGAUGGUGCCCACUGUGAGAGGUGCCGGGAGAACUUCUUCCGCCUAGGGAACAACGAAGCCUGCUCUCCGUGUCACUGCAGUCCUGUUGGUUCUCUCAGCACACAGUGUGAUAGUUACGGCAGAUGUAGCUGUAAGCCAGGAGUGAUGGGUGACAAGUGUGACCAAUGCCAGCCUGGAUUCCAUUCUCUCACGGAGGCAGGAUGCAGGCCGUGCUCCUGUAAUCCUUCUGGCAGCAUAGAUGAAUGUAACGUGGAAACAGGAAGGUGUGUUUGCAAAGACAACGUGGAAGGCUUCAACUGUGAGAGAUGCAAACCUGGAUUUUUUAAUCUGGAACCUUCUAAUCCUAAGGGUUGCACCCCCUGCUUCUGCUUUGGGCACUCUUCUGUCUGUACAAAUGCAGUCGGCUACAGUGUUCAUUCUAUAUCCUCUACCUUUCACAUUGAUGAGGACGGGUGGCGCGUGGAGCAGAGGGAUGGCUCUGAAGCAUCUCUCGAGUGGUCCUCUGAGAGGCAAGAUAUCGCCGUGAUCUCAGAUAGCUACUUUCCUAGAUACUUCAUCGCCCCUGCAAAGUUCUUGGGCAACCAGGUCUUGAGUUAUGGUCAGAACCUCUCCUUCUCCUUCCGGGUGGACAGACGAGACACUCGCCUCUCUGCAGAAGACCUGGUGCUGGAGGGAGCCGGCUUGAGAGUGUCCGUGCCAUUGAUCGCACAGGGCAAUUCCUACCCAAGCGAGACCACUGUGAAGUACAUCUUCAGGCUCCAUGAAGCAACAGAUUACCCCUGGAGGCCUGCUCUUUCCCCUUUUGAAUUUCAGAAGCUACUAAACAACUUGACUUCUAUCAAGAUCCGUGGGACAUAUAGUGAGAGAAGUGCUGGAUAUCUGGAUGAUGUCACCCUGGCAAGUGCUCGUCCUGGGCCUGGGGUCCCUGCAACUUGGGUGGAGACCUGCACUUGUCCAGUGGGUUAUGGAGGGCAGUUCUGUGAGAUGUGUCUCCCGGGUUACAGAAGAGAAACUCCGAGUCUCGGACCAUACAGUCCCUGUGUGCUUUGUACCUGCAAUGGACACAGUGAGACCUGUGACCCUGAGACAGGUGUCUGUAACUGCAGAGACAAUACUGCUGGCCCCCACUGUGAGAAGUGUAGUGAUGGGUACUAUGGAGAUUCGACUGUGGGCACCUCUUCUGACUGCCAACCUUGUCCAUGUCCUGGGGGCUCAAGUUGUGCUGUUGUUCCCAAGACAAAGGAGGUAGUGUGCACCAACUGUCCGACUGGUACCACUGGUAAGAGAUGUGAGCUCUGUGAUGAUGGCUACUUUGGAGACCCCUUGGGUAGAAAUGGCCCUGUGAGGCUUUGCCGCCUCUGCCAGUGUAAUGACAACAUUGAUCCCAAUGCUGUGGGAAAUUGCAACCGCUCAACGGGAGAGUGCCUGAAGUGCAUCUAUAACACUGCGGGCUUCUAUUGUGACCGGUGCAAAGAUGGAUUCUUUGGAAAUCCCCUGGCUCCCAAUCCAGCAGACAAAUGCAAAGCUUGCAGUUGCAAUCCAUAUGGCACUGUGAGGCAGCAGAGCAGCUGUAAUCCUGUGACCGGUCAGUGUGAGUGUCUGCCUCAUGUGUCCGGCCGGGACUGUGGUACUUGUGACCCUGGCUUCUACAACCUACAGAGUGGACAAGGCUGUGAGAGGUGCAAUUGCCAUGCUUUGGGUUCCACCAAUGGGCAGUGUGACAUCCGCACCGGCCAGUGUGAGUGCCAGCCGGGCAUCACCGGUCAGCACUGUGAGCGCUGUGAGGUCAACCACUUUGGGUUUGGACCUGAAGGCUGCAAACCUUGUGACUGUCAUCCUGAGGGGUCUCGUUCACUCCAGUGCAAAGAUGAUGGUCGCUGUGAAUGCAGAGAAGGCUUUGUGGGAAACCGCUGUGACCAGUGUGAAGAGAACUAUUUCUACAAUCGUUCCUGGCCUGGCUGCCAGGAAUGUCCAGCUUGUUACCGGCUGGUAAAGGAUAAGGUUGCUGAUCAUCGAGUGAAACUCCAGGAAUUAGAGAGUCUCAUAGCAAACCUUGGAACUGGGGAUGAGAUGGUGACAGAUCAAGCCUUUGAGGACAGGCUAAAGGAAGCAGAGAGAGAGGUUAUGGACCUCCUUCGUGAGGCCCAGGAUGUCAAAGAUGUGGACCAGAACUUGAUGGAUCGCCUUCAGAGGGUGAAUAACACUCUGCACAGCCAAAUCGGCCGUUUGCAGAACAUCCGGAACACCAUCCAGGAGACUGGAAAUUUAGCUGAACAAGCACGGGCCCGAGUGGAGAGCACGGAGCGGCUGAUUGAAAUUGCCUCCAGAGAACUUGAGAAAGCAAAAAUCGCAGCUGCCAAUGUGUCAAUCAUUCAGCCGGAGUCUACAGGGGAUCCAAACAACAUGACUCUUCUGGCAGAAGAGGCUCGAAAGCUGGCUGAACGCCAUAAACAAGAAGCUGAUGACAUUGUACGAGUAGCAAAAACAGCCAAUGAUACAUCAACUGAGGCAUAUAAUCUGCUUUUGAGAACACUGGCAGGAGAAAAUCAGACAGCAGUCGAGAUUGAAGAGCUUAAUAGGAAGUAUGAACAAGCAAAGAACAUCUCACAGGAUCUAGAAAAGCAAGCUGCCCGAGUCCACGAGGAGGCCAAGCGUGCUGGAGACAAAGCUGUGGAGAUCUACGCCAGUGUGGCUCAGCUAGCUCCCGUGGACUCAGAGGCUCUGGAGAAUGAAGCAAAUAAAAUAAAGAAAGAAGCUGCGGACCUGGAACGUCUGAUUGACCAGAAGUUAAAGGAUUAUGAAGACCUCAGAGAAGACAUGAGAGGGAAGGAGCUUGAAGUAAAGAACCUUCUGGAGAAUGGAAAAAUUGAACAGCAGACUGCCGAUCAACUCCUGGCCCGAGCGGAUGCUGCCAAGGCUCUUGCUGAAGAAGCUGCUAAAAAAGGACGAAAUACCUUACAAGAAGCCAAUGACAUUCUCAACAACCUGAAAGAUUUUGAUAGACGCGUGAACGAUAACAAGACAGCUGCAGAGGAGGCACUGAGGAGGAUUCCCGCCAUCAACCAGACCAUCGCAGAGGCCAACGAGAAGACGAGGGAAGCGCAGCUGGCGUUGGGCAACGCAGCAGCAGAUGCCACUGAGGCCAAGAACAAGGCCCACGAGGCUGAGAGGAUCGCCAGCGCCGUCCAGCAGAAUGCUACCAGCACCAAGGCAGAAGCUGAAAGGACUUUUGCAGAAGUUACAGAUCUGGAUAACGAAGUGAACGGUAUGUUGAGGCAGCUACAGGAAGCAGAGAGAGAGCUGAAGAGAAAACAAGACGAUGCCGACCAGGACAUGAUGAUGGCAGGGAUGGCUUCCCAGGCUGCUCAGGAAGCUGAGAUCAACGCCAGAAAGGCCAAAAACUCAGUGAACAGCCUCCUCAACAUGAUCAACGACCUCUUGGAGCAACUAGGUCAGCUGGACACAGUGGACCUGAACAAGCUCAAUGAGAUUGAAGGUACCCUGAACAAAGCCAAAGACGAAAUGAAGGCCAGUGACCUUGACAGGAAAGUGUCCGACCUGGAGAAUGAAGCCAGGAAGCAGGAGGCUGCCAUCAUGGACUACACCCGCGAUAUCGAGGAGAUCUUGAAGGACAUCCACAACCUGGAGGAUAUCAAGAAGACCUUACCAUCCGGCUGCUUCAACACCCCGUCCAUCGAGAAGCCCUAGCAUCGAGAGGGCUAGAAGACAGCAUCCCCUGCUGGGGGAUCGUUUGUGAGGCCACAGAGUGCCUUGACACAAAGAUUACAUUUUUCAGACCCCCACUUCUCUGCUGCUCUUCAUCACUGUCCUUUUGAACCAGGAAAAGUCACAGAGUUUAAAGAGAAGCAAUUAAAACAUCCUGAACUGGGAACAAAGGGUUCUAUCUAAUAAAGUCUCUCUUCCACUCCUGUUGCUACCUUACCCACAUUUUCCCUUCCAGUUUGCAGGAGGACGUGACAUCCUGCACUGGUGUCCUGUGAAUGCUCGAAUGCCAGGGCAGCAUCCCUCCCCUCUUGCAUCGACACCAGCAGAGCUCCUCAGUCUCGGUACUCUUGUUUCUAUGAAGGAGAAGUCUGGCUACUAGUUGUAGCAUUGUGAUGGCCAGUAUACCCAGUCCACCGAUGAAGAAAGUACGUCUGCAUCUUCUGACCUCCUCCUUGUAAGCAAAAGGAAAUAAACAUCCUGUGCCAAAGGGACUGGUCAUUUAGAAUGUGGGUAGCCAUCCAUCAGUCCUGCUCGCUGUUUAAGUUUAGGAACUGAGCCAUCCAUGGGUCAGGGUAUAGUUAUUUAUGAGAGUCUCCAGGAGAACGUGGCUGACAAGGCUGAAGAUUUUCUCUUAUGUUAAUAAUUGACUAGGAAGAUAAGCUUUUUUUCAGAUCUUUGGGCAGCUGAUAAUUUAAAUCUGGAUGGGCAGCUUGCACUCACCACUAGACCAGUAGACCUCUUCUGAUAUUCUUAUAAAUGGACCUUACUCUGAAGAAACAGGGAGAUGAUAACCACUAAAGUUUCUUUCAAAAUCAAACAUCCUAGAGCUAUUUUAGUAUGUUACUCUUGGAACUAGUGUUAAAAUACCUGUCAGACAGCACUUGGUCCCUAAGAUCUUGACAAACACAAGAACAACCUCCUCGUCCUAGUCUUUUCUAGCAGAGGGAUGAAACGUAGGUGGAACCUAUAGUGUCGGGACCUCAGGUGUGCAUGUUUUUUCCUUCUUUUGGAGAGAGAUGGAACAUUUGACCCUUAGCUCCAGUCUUCUUUUUCCGCCUUCUGGAAUUCCUCAGAACACAUUGUUGUCUGCCAAAUCCUGGUGGCAAAUGCUUGCACUGUUUCAUGCAGCAGCCAACACCCUAGUUCCUGCACUUUGUGAUUCACCCACUGUAGACCUCCCCUCUGGGUGUAGAGGGGAGAACCUUGUGUGGAGUUUCCUAGUGGGCUUCUCAGCCUUCGGUCCUCAGCUUUGUGGUUUUCUAAGACCACAGUGUGACAGUUCCCUACCACGCCCCUCUCCCUCCUACCAACCUGCCUUUGAGAUUCACAUAUAGCCUUUAACACUAUGCAACUUUGUACUUUGUGUAGCGGGGGGAAAGAAACUAUUAUCUGACACACUGGUGCUAUUAAUUAUUUCAAAUUUAUAUUUUUGUGUGAAUUUUUUUUCGUUUAUCAUGAUUAUAGAGUAAGGAAUUUAUGUAAAUAUGCUUGGUCCUGUUUCUAGAACGGCACUGUCUGUUCACAUCUUGGCUCAGUUUUUCCUCUUCACCGGCCUGUCAUUCCUGCCUUGCCGCCUCUCCUUCCAUCUAGACUUUCUUGGGUUGUAUUUGUGUCCCAGACGCUGCUCUCCGCCUCUGCAGCUUGUCCGUUGUCUAACAUCAACAUCAGCACGCUUUCCUCCAUAGAGGGAGUCGGGCCUCCUCCACGGCAUCCUCAGGACCCCGCACUAUUCUUAAUGCCCAUUCCAGUAUGUGUGGGAUCAGGAAAGUUUGCCAAGGGGGAUCUAGUUAGCCAGCGAUGAGCUAGAAAUGCCCUUUCUAGCAAGGCGUUGAUAAGGGAGUGCGUUAUGACGGGCUUUGGAGGGCAUCUGGGGUGGUGCUGCUGAUGGGGAGGCGGGAGGGGUGGUGUGCACACUUCUUGGUCCCAUUUCCUGUUUCCGUCUCCUUGGGGUGUAUCAGACUCCCCCAUAAGGUCCUGACUGGGCCUGCCCACGCUUUCACUCUUGCUCUCCUCUGCCCAUUCUGUUACCACGGAGGGAUGGCUCCUUCUUGCCAGGUUUUCCCAUCAGUGGUUCCCGGCUGGUUCCCCUUAUUAAGUGGCCACAACUUCACCUGUGCAUCUUGGUCACAGUUGCAGGGAAAGGACUGAAAGGACAAUUGGGACAGGUUCACUCCAGCAAGUCUUAGGCCAUGGUGGGGUUUUGUUGUUGUUGUUUUGGUUUGUUUGAGAGGUUUUCUCUUCCAUCUGUGUGGUAUAUUUUUAAACAGAAUUUUAUUUUUAAAAUGAAAGUUCUUUAUAAGACAAUACCUUAAUUCCACUCCUGCAAUAUAGCCAUUAUUUUAUUGUAUCGCUGCAGUUGUCUUUGUCUUAUGAAACAGACAGAUGGCUGCUGCAGAUUGCUGGGUGUCACAGGGGAUAGAAACUGUUAUUUUUCCCUGGAAUUUUCCCUUUUGAUUCCAACUGUGGCCUUUUGUAUGUGCCUUCACUUUAGCUGUUUGCCUUAAUCUCUACAGUCAUGCUCUCCAGGGUGGUUAAUAAAAACGCAACACUUGGCAUUUUUUAUGUUUAAAAAAAAAAAAGAACAGUAUUUUAUUUAUAAUAAAAUCUGAAUAUUUGUAACCCUCAA